AGAACUAGACGCAAACCAAGAACAACAUUCACGGGAGCUAUCUUAAAUAAAUUUAAAAUGCAUUCUGAAGAUGAAAAGAAGCAGAAGCAUACUGCAGAUGGAAAUAGUUAUGAGAUCACUGCAUCCAGCCAGAGCGAGGAAUCUGAAAAGAAACACAAGGAAAAGAAGAAGAAGAAAGCGGAAAAGCCUAAGAUGGUCAGCCCGUUAACACUGUUUCGGUACUCCAGUUGGUCGGAUAAAUUACUAAUGAUAGUAGGCACUCUCCUGGCAGUAGCCCAUGGAAGCAGUCUACCUAUUGCGAUGGUAAUCUUUGGUGAUAUGACCGAUAGCUUUGUUGCUUCUGGAAACACAAAUGUUACAGGAGACAUUCCUCCAGUGAAUUCCUCUUCAGAUAUUCUUGGCAAGCUGGAAGAAGAUAUGACGAGAUAUGCAUACUACUAUUCUGGAAUAGCAGCUGGUGUUCUCCUUGCUGCCUAUAUCCAAACUUCAUUUUGGACUCUAGCAGCAGGCCGGCAAAUAAAAAAAAUUAGAGAAAAAUUUUUUCAUGCAAUUAUGAGACAGGAUAUUGGAUGGUUUGAUGUAAAUGAUGUGGGAGAACUUAACACUCGACUUCUAGAUGAUGUCUCCAAGAUUAAUGAAGGAAUAGGUGACAAAAUGGGACUGCUUGUUCAAUCAGUAACAACAUUUUUAGCAGGAUUUAUUGUUGGUCUCAUAAGAGGAUGGAAAUUAACCCUUGUAAUACUAGCAGUCAGUCCUGUCCUGGGACUUUCAGCAGCCAUAUGGGCAAAGGUUCUAUCUUCUUUCACUGACAAAGAACAAGCUGCAUAUGCAAAAGCAGGUGCUGUUGCAGAGGAAGUUCUGGCAGCAGUCCGUACUGUAAUAGCUUUUGGAGGACAGGAAAAAGAAAUUAAAAGGUACCACAAAAAUUUAGAAGAUGCUAAACAUAUUGGAAUACGAAAAGCUAUUACAUCUAAUAUUUCUAUGGGUGCUGCUUUCUUCCUGAUAUAUGCAUCAUACGCACUGGCCUUCUGGUAUGGAACUACCUUGGUCAUAUCUGAUGAUUACACUAUUGGCAAAGUUCUUACAGUCUUUUUCUCUGUAUUGAUUGGAGCUUUCAGUAUUGGACAGACUGCUCCAAGCAUAGAGGCAUUUGCUAGUGCAAGAGGAGCUGCCUAUGCAAUCUUUAAUAUCAUAGACAAUGAACCUCAAAUUGACAGUUAUUCAGAGACAGGUUACAAACCAGACUACAUUAAAGGGGACGUGGAAUUCCAAAAUGUUUACUUCAAUUAUCCAUCCAGACCAGAUGUUGAGAUACUGAAGGGCUUGAAUCUCAAGGUUAGUUGUGGCCAGACAGUGGCCCUGGUUGGUGGCAGUGGCUGUGGGAAAAGUACAACUGUUCAGCUCAUCCAGAGAUUUUAUGAUCCCAGGGAAGGCAUG